GGAAGGCGGGGGUGAGGGGGAGAGGGACCUAUUUAAAGCUACCCUGUUGCUCCGGCUGUCUCUGUCUGUCUGCCAGGGUCUCCAGCUGCCCCAUACAGGCGGCACAGGUUUGGGAUCCUCUUGGUGACCUCUUCAGCCUAGGUGCCCUCAGGCAACUCUGCCCCAAGAUGGGUCGAGGGGCUGGCCGAGAGUCCUCGCCUGCCGCCACCACUGCAGAGAAUGGGGGUGGCAAGAAGAAACAGAAAGAGAAGGAGCUAGAUGAACUGAAGAAGGAGGUGACCAUGGAUGACCACAAGCUGUCUUUGGAUGAGCUGGGACGUAAAUACCAAGUGGACUUGUCCAAGGGUCUCACUAACCAGCGGGCUCAGGACAUUCUGGCUCGGGAUGGGCCCAAUGCUCUCACUCCACCCCCCACAACCCCUGAGUGGGUCAAGUUCUGUCGUCAGCUUUUUGGGGGCUUCUCCAUCCUGCUGUGGAUUGGAGCCAUCCUCUGCUUCCUGGCCUACGGUAUCCAGGCUGCCAUGGAGGACGAACCAUCCAAUGACAAUCUAUAUCUGGGUGUGGUGCUGGCAGCUGUGGUCAUCGUCACCGGCUGCUUCUCCUACUACCAGGAGGCAAAAAGCUCCAAGAUCAUGGAUUCCUUCAAGAACAUGGUGCCUCAGCAAGCCCUUGUUAUCCGAGAGGGAGAGAAGAUGCAGAUCAAUGCAGAAGAGGUGGUGGUGGGAGACCUGGUGGAGGUGAAAGGUGGAGACCGGGUCCCUGCUGACCUCCGGAUCAUCUCUUCUCAUGGUUGUAAGGUAGAUAAUUCGUCUCUAACAGGCGAGUCGGAGCCCCAGACCCGCUCCCCCGAGUUCACUCACGAGAACCCCCUGGAGACUCGCAAUAUCUGUUUCUUCUCUACUAACUGCGUGGAAGGCACUGCCAGGGGCAUCGUGAUUGCAACAGGUGACCGGACAGUGAUGGGCCGAAUAGCCACUCUGGCUUCAGGCCUAGAGGUUGGGCGGACACCCAUAGCCAUGGAGAUUGAACACUUCAUUCAGCUGAUCACAGGGGUGGCUGUGUUCCUGGGUGUCUCCUUCUUUGUGCUCUCCCUCAUCCUGGGCUACAGCUGGCUGGAGGCGGUCAUCUUCCUCAUCGGUAUCAUCGUGGCCAACGUGCCUGAGGGGCUUCUGGCCACUGUCACUGUGUGCCUAACCCUGACAGCCAAGCGCAUGGCACGGAAGAACUGCCUGGUGAAGAACCUGGAGGCAGUGGAGACACUGGGCUCCACGUCCACCAUCUGCUCAGACAAGACAGGCACCCUCACCCAGAACCGUAUGACGGUGGCUCACAUGUGGUUUGACAACCAGAUCCAUGAGGCUGACACCACUGAAGAUCAGUCUGGGGCCACUUUUGACAAACGAUCCCCCACAUGGACAGCCCUGUCUAGGAUUGCUGGUCUCUGCAACCGUGCUGUCUUCAAGGCUGGGCAGGAGAACAUCUCUGUGUCUAAGCGGGAUACAGCUGGUGACGCCUCUGAGUCAGCUCUGCUCAAGUGCAUUGAGCUAUCCUGUGGCUCAGUGAGGAAGAUGAGGGACAGGAACCCUAAGGUGGCAGAGAUUCCGUUCAACUCUACCAACAAGUACCAGUUGUCCAUCCAUGAGCGAGAAGACAGCCCCCAGGGCCACGUACUGGUGAUGAAGGGUGCCCCAGAGCGCAUCCUGGACCGGUGCUCCACCAUCCUGGUACAGGGCAAGGAGAUUCCUCUAGACAAGGAGAUGCAAGACGCCUUUCAAAAUGCCUACAUGGAACUCGGAGGACUGGGAGAACGUGUGCUGGGGUUCUGUCAACUGAACCUGCCCUCGGGAAAGUUUCCCCGGGGCUUCAAAUUCGAUACCGAUGAGCUGAACUUUCCCACGGAGAAGCUCUGCUUUGUGGGGCUCAUGUCUAUGAUUGACCCACCUCGGGCAGCUGUGCCAGAUGCUGUGGGCAAAUGCCGAAGUGCAGGCAUCAAGGUGAUCAUGGUAACCGGGGAUCACCCUAUCACGGCCAAGGCCAUUGCCAAAGGUGUGGGCAUCAUAUCAGAAGGUAAUGAGACUGUGGAGGACAUUGCAGCUCGGCUCAACAUUCCUGUGAGUCAAGUCAACCCCAGAGAAGCCAAGGCGUGUGUGGUGCAUGGCUCAGACCUGAAGGACAUGACACCAGAGCAGCUGGAUGAGAUCCUUAGGGACCACACAGAGAUCGUGUUUGCUCGGACCUCUCCUCAGCAGAAGCUCAUCAUUGUGGAGGGAUGUCAGAGGCAGGGAGCCAUUGUGGCAGUGACUGGAGAUGGGGUGAAUGACUCACCGGCUCUGAAGAAGGCUGACAUUGGCAUUGCUAUGGGCAUCUCUGGCUCUGAUGUCUCUAAGCAGGCAGCCGACAUGAUCCUGCUGGAUGACAACUUUGCUUCCAUCGUCACAGGCGUGGAGGAGGGCCGCCUGAUCUUUGACAACCUGAAGAAGUCCAUUGCGUACACCCUGACCAGCAACAUCCCCGAGAUCACCCCCUUCCUGCUGUUCAUUAUUGCCAACAUCCCCCUCCCUCUGGGCACUGUGACCAUCCUCUGCAUUGACCUGGGCACUGAUAUGGUCCCUGCCAUCUCCUUGGCCUAUGAAGCAGCUGAAAGUGACAUCAUGAAGCGGCAACCACGGAACUCCCAGACCGACAAGCUGGUGAAUGAGCGACUUAUCAGCAUGGCUUAUGGACAAAUCGGGAUGAUCCAGGCACUGGGUGGCUUCUUUACCUACUUUGUGAUCCUGGCAGAGAAUGGUUUCUUGCCAUCACGACUGCUGGGAAUCCGCCUUGAUUGGGACGACCGAACCACGAACGACCUGGAGGACAGCUAUGGACAGGAGUGGACCUACGAGCAGCGGAAGGUGGUGGAGUUCACAUGCCACACAGCCUUCUUUGCCAGCAUCGUAGUAGUGCAAUGGGCCGACCUCAUCAUCUGCAAGACCCGCCGCAACUCCGUCUUCCAGCAGGGCAUGAAGAACAAGAUCCUGAUUUUUGGGCUCCUGGAGGAGACAGCAUUGGCUGCCUUUCUGUCUUACUGCCCAGGCAUGGGGGUGGCCCUCCGCAUGUACCCACUCAAGGUUACUUGGUGGUUCUGUGCCUUCCCCUACAGUCUCCUCAUCUUCAUCUAUGAUGAGGUCCGAAAGCUUAUCCUGCGGCGAUAUCCUGGGGGCUGGGUGGAGAAGGAGACAUACUACUGAGCUCACUGAAAGAAGAGGAGGGUACCAGAGAAAUGGGGUGCUCUGGAAAUGUUGCAGGGAAGGUGGUGUAGUGAGAUGGAAAAGCCUGGGGUGGUGUUUUGGGGAAUGAUUUGGGAGAGAGUAAAGCAAUUCAGCAGGCUAACUUGAUGGGAGUGGGUAAAUAAGCUUGGAAUGAUCACGCUGUAGACCUGUGAACACAUGUUAGGGUCCCCUGCCCAGAUCCUUUUCCAUCCCACUCCACCAUGUUGAAGAAUUGGGGCUUACCCCAGCCCUCCCCAUGCCCUAGCCCUUCACCCACACUCCUACUCAAAUAGUCAACAUCUGAAGGCAGAGACCUGUGUAAUCUGGAAGAAGGAAACCCUCUCAGAUCACCACAUGUCCAUUUAUGUCUCCACGCUCCUUAUGCUCUCACCCCUCCUUAGCUUCCUGCCUGACUGUCCCCUCUGCUUCCCCUCAGACCUUGAAAUUACAAAGUCUCCUCCCAUGAGUGCAAGAGCCUUAGGCCAGAAAGGGAAGCUGAUUGGAGAGGCCAGGCCUGUUCCCCCAGUCAAGGCCAGUUAGAAACUCAAGAGGAAAGCUGGCAGCAGGUGGGAGGUUGGGGGGAGAGACAGCAAAGGAAGUGAGGCGGGAAAGGAGAGAUAUACCACUAAUGACCAAAAGUUGGACUUGUCUUGAGGUAUAUGGCAUGGCCGUCAGCUCUGCCCUUUUAGACUAUCCCAGGCCAAACUCCUAUCUCAUCAGAGUAGCAGCAGCGAUAGGACCAGAUUGUGUGCUACCAAAUGUCCCUCUGGCUCUUGGCUGGUGGUCCUCUAGGUCCAUGAGGCCCAGAUGUCACAGUAGCUCCAGCUGUCUCAAUCACAUGCUCUUGGCAACACCCCACCCUUUAGAAUAUUAAGUCCUCAGGUAUUCAUUCCAUGCUGUUCCUGGACCCCAGACAGCUGCCAGUUCUCUCUCAGUCCCCACUCCCUUCCAACUCCAUGCCCACCCUGAUGAAACCGCAUCAUUCCCAGAACUGCCAAGCCAGCCCCAGAAAAGGAAUCCUGGCCAUUGGCUGGAAUUGGGGUGAAGUUUCCAGAACAUUCCUGUCUUCCGGGGAUAUGCAGAAUCAGCUUAGGUCAUGACAUGGCCAGAACCUUUGGACAGAGGGAAAAUAUUAAGACCUGUCUGAGUCCUCAGAUAGUAAGGUCACUCCCCAGACACAAGUGCCCUUCACACUGAUGAUCAUUGUGCCCACUUACUCUGAGAUGGGGAGUUGGCUUCAGGUUCCUAUGGUAGAUACUUUUCUUUCCUUUAACCCUCUCCAGCUAACACUUUUGCUGUGCAGGCAGUUCUGCCCAUUCUCUAAGCCUGGCUUAGAAGACACUGGGAAUGUCCUCCAUAGAGAAAUAGAGAAGCCAAGAAAGUUAGACAGACACCUAAGGAAAAUGGAAGGCCUAAGGCAGCAAGGAAGGACAAAAGACAAAUUUUAGGUCAGGUCCAUAAAUAGCCUCCCAAUGGUUAUUAUCUCAUUGCACUGGAAUUUUGCUUUAUCAGAAGUACUUUGAAAUAAGUGAGUCAUUGCCUUGUGUUAGAAAUCUAAAUGGAAUACCAUCACUUUUAUUUGAGAUUGAUUAAUUUGAGAAUAUGGACUGUGGGCAAAAUUUAUCUGUGCACAAUCAAUAAAAAUGGCAUUUGUUUAGGAAAUUAAAAGCAUAGGCAGUAUUGCUGGGGUGGCACAGUUAGCCUAUCUAAAACUAGACUUUACAAGCACUUUAGGAAUAUCCAUUUAGAAGUAGCAAAUGCAUGGGCUAAUUAUCAAUCCUGAUGUAUUUGUUAAAGAAACAUCUACAGGAUCUUUACUGGUGACUUGUAAGUCACUAGUUUGAGGCACUAUAUAUGUACUUGAAAAUAAUAAAGUUGCAUUUCUUUAUGAAAAAAGAAAUCUCUUCCAUAAUUGAUUUUUAUAUUCAUACUUGCCUCCUCCCAAAUUUCAGUAUUGGUAUGUAUGCUGAGACAGGACUUGGCUUGUAGCGAGAACAAUACAGAGAACACAAGUGAUCAGGGAACAGACGGUGCUGGUACAGAAAGCUAGAGGGGAAGAAGUUAGACUACAAAAUAACCUAGAAAAAAAAAUACAGGAGGACACCCUUCUUCAUGGCCAAUUCUACCCCAAGAGCCAGAAGGUCUUGUCCAGGACAGCAAAAAACAUGUGAGUCUAUAAGGGCCCAAACAUUAUGGCCACUUCUGCUUUCUCUGUUCCAGAUGAAAAUCAGGCCACUUUUAAUUUGACAAGGUAGGGGCAGGGGGUGAUUGUUGAGGAAUGUGACAAUCAGUACCGAUUUAUAGUCUAUACUACACACAGAGCUUGUUCUGGGGGACAUCUUUAGGGGACAAAGGUAAUGUGGAUGCAGCCUUGAAAUUCACCUGAGGUACUGAUGAGCUUCUUGGGUGGGGUUUGACAAGCAGUAAGGAAGGAUGCUGUGUCCUGGAGAUGGAGGGGUGGAUGGGUGGUGUGCGUUCCUCCAGGGGUCUCUGGGAAUGAAAAACACUAGGAUAUCAGAGUAACAGUCAGAAGUCAGUUCCUGCCUGAAUCUUAUCCUGGCCCUUUAUUCAACUCUAAUGGUGAUAGUGAUGGUGACUGUCAUAGCACUGCUUGCAGGUGCAGUAACUGCAGCUCAUUUUGUGCCAUAAUGAUAUCAGGCUUUUAUUUGUAAAAUUUUGAUUAAACUUUCUUUAAUCUCACUUUAGGACUUUUAUUGUUGAUGGCCCCUCUGCCAAGAACACUUUCCCCUCACAUGCCUGGCUUCCUUCAGAUCACUCCUUAAACAUUACCUCCUCAGAAAGGUCCCCACAGUCCACCUCCAUGUUAAUAAAGUAACACUCCUGAUACCUUUGCUCCAUUCUCUUUGC